AUGAGUAGUUUUGAAGGAGGAAAAGCAGAGGAAAAGAGGAUGGAUUGGAUGAAAUUACGUUCAUAUUCCCAGAAGAGGCAAACCCAAAAGAGAACACAUUGUGCUUCUCCAUUGCCAGCUAAAACAGCAUCUGUUGCAAUGGUCGAAAUGAAGAGUAAAGCCAAAGCCUCUCGGGAGCGUCCAGAUCAGCUUUCUAAGUUUAAUUGUGAUCCUCAGGUGAAAAGUACUGUUGGUAAAAAAAAAGGGCAAAUGAAAAGCACUGUUACAAAAGCAUUACCCAAAAUUCAAGAACACUCUCAAGUGACUCAGAUGGUUUGUCCUUCAUCUGAAGAAAGCACUGAAUUAAAUUGCAAUGAAUAUAGCAAUACAGAGGUGACCAACGAUAUCAAUGACAUGAAAACAACUCCUUUAAAGGAUUCCUUGCAUUUAGCCUCUGCAGGUACACAAAGCCUGAGAUACAGUGAAGCUACUUCAGAAAUGACAUUACCAACAGGAGUUUCAGACUUUUUGCUGGAUUGUUUGGAUAUGGAGACUACUCCGGACUGUAGUUAUACCAAGAGUAUUGAUUCUACAAGUAGUUAUUCAUCACCUGAAAAAUUUAGGGAUGAAACUGGCUUAGAAGACACUGCUAGUCCUGAAACAUACCUUGCGUGCAAAAAUUCAACUCUCUUGGAUACCAGCAAAGCCAUCAACAUAGACAAGAUGCCGCAACUGCCAAACCUUUCUAAAAUACUCGGUACUCCUUUAGGAAUCCAAGGCCAGAACAUUGCCAGAAAACAAUCCAGGCAGAAACUGACUUCUGAACCCACAAAUACUUCAGCCAUGGUAGCAGGGAAACAGGUGUACAAAAUUUUGCCUGCAAAUGAAAAAAGACUUAAAUCACAGCCUUCUGGAGUUUCAUUAUUGCUUCCAGAAGAAAAAAACAAGAUUGAGCAUCAGCAACCUGUCAAAAGGAAAUGUAGAAAAAAAAUAACAUUCAAAGAUGUAAGUUCUCUAUCCUCUCCUCGUGUAUCGCCUUCAUCUGGAAAAAACAGCUCCAAGGAAAUGUGUGGGAUCGUAGCAUCCAAAUUAUCAGAGGCUGACAUGUUAGACGUAUUGUCCACACAUGAAGCCUCUGUCAGGGACAGCUGUUUGGCACACACAAAGAGUCCAAAUGUGAAUUCAGAAGCAAUUGUUCCCCUUUCUCCCCAAAGGACCAUUUAUCAGCAUUUACACAAUCCACCAGAAAUCUGCUGUAUUAUUCAAGCUUCACCAGGAUUUAGACCACUGAAAGUACUCCAACAUCCAACAAAUAGAAAAAAAGGCUUUAUCCCACCAGAGGCAACUGAAGAUAUUAUUACAAGCUUAGAAACCUGGACCUGUGGUAAUGGUAGAUGA